UCUAGCAAAACAAUCUUUAUUUCUCUCUCUCUCUCUCUCUUUGUUUCCCAUUCUCUUUCCUAUAAAUGGACCCUCCACCUUUCACGGCGGCUUCAGCCGCCACCAUCCCACCGCCGGCUACCGUCUGUUACACCGACUCAACAAACUCCUCACCUCGCUCCUUCGACGAGCCGCCGCCACGUGACGGCGGCUCCACCGGCGGCAAGCUUCGGCUAAUGAUUAGCUACGGCGGCCACAUAAUCCCUCGUCCGCACGACAAAACUCUGUGUUACGUUGGUGGCGAAACCCGCAUUUUCGCCACUAAUCGUAACACUUCCCUAGCGGAGCUCUCUAAUCGUCUCUCUAAAACCUUCCUUAAUGGGAAACCCUUUUGUUUAAAAUAUCAGUUACAAAAUGAAGACUUAGAUUCACUUAUCUCUGUUACUUCUGAUGAAGAUUUAGAAAACAUGAUCGAUGAAUAUGAUCGUAUAAUGAAUAGUUCAUCUAGUAAAAUAUCAAGGCUUCGUUUGUUUUUAUUUCCUAGUAAAAUCGAUAAUAAUAAUAAUAAUGAUUCUAGUACAAUUGGUUUGAUUAGAGAUGGUUCUACAAUAUCUGAAGAUUGGUUUGUUAAUGUAUUAAAUGGAGCGAAUUCGAAUGCUUCUACUAAAGUGUUUUCUGAAUCGAGUUCAGUGAAUUGCCUAUUGGGUUUAGAUGAUAAUGUUGAAGAAAAAUUAGAGGUGAAAAAGAAUACUCAAGAUGUUCAAUCUGUACCUGAUUCUCCUAUGGUUGAAACUACAUCGUCAUUCGGGUCGGGUUCUUCUAUGCCGAAUUUGCCCCGAAUUAGGGUUCAGGUUGAGGAGAAUAAUCAAAAGGGCAGUGUUGGGGGAUUUGUGGGUUUAUCUUCGCCGCCGGCUCCGGUAGUUGUAGCUCCAGUGAGUGUUGCUUCCGGCGUGCCGGUAGUUGAGCAGCAGCAGCAGCCUCAGCAAGUGCAACCGAAUUCACCUAAUUCAGUUUCAAGUGAGGGUAGUGGUAGGCAAAGGCAUUACUUUUAUCAAGAACCAGUUGUUCACUUCCAGUCAGGGAGCGGUAGGAUUUCGGGUAAUUCAGUUGAUCCGAAUACGAGCGAUUCGAUUUCAAGGGCUCAGGUGAAACAAGUUCAGGAUGGUGGCGGAUAUGCAUUGCCGGUACAAUAUGAUCAGCACCCGCAAAUGCUUCAACCCCAACAAUAUGUUCAUGCUGGACAACAGUACAUACAACAUACACCUUCUGGGCCUGUGCCGAUGGCGUCUUAUUAUCCUAUAUACCCUUCACAGCACCAAACUCAUAUGCAACACCAGAAUCUUGAACACCAGUAUCCUGUUUACUUUAUUCCUGCUAGACCUGGCCAAAGUUACGGUUUACCAUUGCAUCAAACAAGUUAUAGUGAGCCCUCUCAAACAGUCCCUCCUACUCGUCCCCAAACACCUCCUACUAUGGUUAAUCCUGUAGCAGCAGCUCCACAAUUGGUUCAGAUCCCGGGCUCACAUCAGAUCAAUCCGGGCCCGCAUCAGCCACAAUAUGUGAACUACUCUCAGAUGCAUCAUCCUUCUCAGUCACUUCCUCCUACUUCAGCCGCUACUACGAACUAUGCAUAUGAUUUUGCUGAUCCAACACAUACUAAGAUGUACUACUCUCAGCCUCUCGCUCCCCAAUUGGCUGCUCAAUAUCAAACAAUGACAUCCCCCCCUGCAGUUAGCUUCACAGAAACUUCUGCUCAGCACCCCGUGGAAAAUUCGAAGCAGCACAUUAGAACUUCGCAGGCGUGAAACUGUGAGUUGAUCGUAAAGAAGCAAUUUUGAAAUGUUGGUUGGUUCGGUUUGUCUUGAAUUUUCAGUUAAAUGUUUGAAUUGUUAUUGUUAUUGGUUUGUUGAAUGUACAAGUUAUAGGUAAUAAGAAAGUUUGGGUCUUUCUUUGCUUUUCUUCUGUAAGUAAUGCUGUUAUUACCCAUGAAAGCAUAAUGGUGCAAGAUCUUACUGUAAAAUUUCAAAUUUAUAUGGUACAUCCUCAGUUCUAUA